AUACUUUCUAGCUUCAUGCAGCCCACCCUUCUAUCUAUUUAAAUCUCCACAAUUCUUCCCUGCCUGUUAUUUGCUCACAAGACCAUCUGAACGGAGUUUUAACGCAAGCAAACGUUGGGAAACUAUAGACAAAGCCAUGCCACCAGAAGAACACCAGUGUACCACACCUGCCAAGAGGGCCAUCAAAAAAAUCCGAAUGACUAGCUUGGUUAUCAGCUUGGCGAAAGGUUGGCAGCAGUGGGCAACUGAACAUAACACCAAGCAAGCUCAGGAACCUAGUGGAUGGGUACCUAAUGAAGACAAAUCACCAAAUGACCAAAGUGAGUGGAGACCUCCGAAACAUUCGCCAACUUUCAAGACAGAUCAGUCAAAAACUGAGAUACAGUUUCCCUCAGUACAGCACGUGUCAAACAAAGAUGAAGAACAAAGUCCGAGUGAGUCAACAGAAACUCUGGAGAAAUUUAAUAUUAGAAGUAAAGAAGUUACCAAAAGUGUAAUAAGGUCACUCUCUGAAAGAAGCAGUGACAUUGGUCUUCUCAGCAACAAAUAUGAACAAGAUGAAUUUGCGGAGACAGGAAAGAUAAUUAAUGACCCUACAAAUAUUGAUCAGAUCCUUAGUAAUAAAAUGUCUCCUACAAGAAGGAGAAAGUGCUCUAAUCUGGUAUCAGAGAUGACAAAAGGAUGGAAACUUUUAGAACAAGAAGAACUACAGGACUAUCGCAGCAACAGCUUGGAUACAGAAGACAGUGGCUAUGGUGAAGACAUAAAUGAUGGAUUAGACAGGGAUCAUAAUAUCCAAGAAAUACAGAGUGUGGUGAGGAUAAAACAUCCCAUGGCCCCAUACAAGAAUAAAAAUCUCAAGCUGCCUAAGAAUUACAGUCCUGUCUACAAUCUAAAGGGGCGAUGGGAAGAAUGGGCUGAUGAACAUGUUACUGUACAGAAACUCAACCCUUUCAGCGAGGAGUUUGACUAUGAGCUCGCUAUGGCCACCCGUCUGCGUAAAGGAGAUGAGGGUUAUGGUCGUCCUAAAGAAGGCACAAAGACAGCCGAACGGGCCAAGAGAGCAGAGGGCCACAUCCACCGGGAGAUGAGAGACCUGUGUUUCAUCAUCAGAACAAUGGCUCAGCCACGACGCAAUGGCAAGAUCCAAGUCACUUUUGGUGAUCUCUUUGACAGAUACGUUCACAUUUCAGAUAAAGUGGUUGGAAUACUCCUGAGGGCCAGAAAACAUGGAAUGCUAGACUUUGAGGGAGAAAUGUUGUGGCAAGGUCGGGAUGAUGCCGUUCUAAUAACUUUGUUAGAAUAAAGUCUUUUUCCUCACAGGAUAAACCAAA